UCAUGAAUCCGGGAGACGUGGCUGCAUCGCUGGUGGUUUUGCUGGUGGCAAAUGACAACGCGUUGCUCGAUUGUGUCUGUAAACAGAUCAAAUUCUCCAAAGACCUGGCGGGUAGACUUCCAGUGAGUCCUGGUUUACUAGAGAUCUGGAAUACGUACUGUAUACUUAACGAUGAUUACCAGCUGUUCGAAACGUGCGACAACCUCAACCAGUCCUUCCCCACAUUGCCAGCUGUUGGACGCCUGGUACCGACCACCUGGGACUUCAGACCUUUCCGGUACGCAGACGAGGUGAAGUGCGGCUUCGUCACAGAGGAGAUUCGCGGCCUGACGGUGGACGCUACCGUGCAAUUCUCCAGGGAGCUCAGCUGCCGCGUCGCUGCCAACUGCAUUGACUCCUACUCUGUACAGGGGUCGAACGACGCGGAAUGGAACCUGACGACGCUGGCAACUUACUCUCUGUCCGAUCCUAUCAUCUGGGAGUCACUGGACGCCGUUCAGCGCAUCACAGGGGCGAUGCGUGCCAGGGAUAUGUGUUAUCUCCGACAUCCAAUCAACUUGCCUCAUCAGUAUUUCAAACUACCUGGCAGUGAACACGUAGAUGAGGGGGCAGUGCAGGAGCUGUAA